AUAUACAAAACUAUAUAACUACGAUCCAAUGGAGUCCAGAACAAUUAUAAAUGAUGGGGCUGGAGCAAAGGCAAUCUAGACUUGCCCAAGUAUUCUAGACUUGAGGUGGACCCCUGAGUUCAUUCUCUUGGGUGUGAGAGACACUCGCUCGCCUAAUGUGUAAAGCGGACAAUCUGGCACUGUCACCACUGACUCUAGUGACAUGACUUGAAAGUUUAUUACAGGAGACUCCGCCAUAUGAUGCAUGUGUUUGACAAACCACUGUCGUACAAGCAGACCCUCCAAAUGCGGAAGAGUUACAUAGGACGGUCGUGUAAACUUCACUUUGAAGUAUCGCCCCUGAAGAUUGUUCGAGCAUCCCGUCAGUAUCUCUACGAUGAUGCCGGGAAUGAGUUCCUCGACUGCAUCAACAACGUCUCACACGUUGGUCACUGUCACCCCCAUGUGGUCAGUGUGGGGCAGGAGCAGAUGAGCAAGCUGACCACAAGCGCUGGAUUCCUCAAUGACCAAAUGUCCGAGUAUGCCAAACGGCUCAUCUCAACAUUUCCAGAAAAGCUCUGUGUCUGCUUCUUCUUGAAUUCAGGGUCGGAGGCUAAUGACUUAGCUCUUCGCCUCGCCAGGUGCUAUACGAAAAACGAGGAUGUAUUGUGUUUAGAUCGCGCCUAUCAUGGAAACCUUGCCAAUCUGCUUGACAUAAGUCCAUCUCGGUUCAAGACGACUGGUCACAAGCAGAGAGAUUAUGUCCACAUUGCCCCGUGCCCUGACAUGUACAGAGGGAAGUACCGAGACAACACCCCCAACCCAGAGGUGGCCUACGCUGAUGAGAUUCUCAAACUGCUGCAGAAGGCCAAGGCCAAGGGCAGGAAGAUUGGGGCGUUCAUCUGUGAACCAUUAAUGGGAGCUGCUGGAGUCAUUGUUUUCCCUAAGAACUACCUCAAACUUGCCUACAGUUACGUUCGAGAGGCAGGUGGCGUGUGCAUCGCAGAUGAAGUCCAGUGUGGCCUGGGGCGAAAUGGAGAACACUUGUGGGCGUUUCAGUCACAGGAUGUAGUUCCAGACAUUGUAACAAUUGGCAAGCCUGUUGGCAACGGCCACCCCAUGUCAGUCGUCGUCACGUCUAAAGAAAUAGCUGACAGUCUGGGAGAGUUCAGUUCCACCUUUGGGGGUAACCCUGUGGCCUGUGCCACAGGAAUGGCUGUCCUUGAUGUCAUACAGAAUGAGAAACUCAUCUCCAGUGCACAGUCAGUGGGGAAGUGCCUGUUGGAGGGGUUCUCUGCCAUCUUGCCGAAUCAUCCCAUGAUGGGUUGUGUACGGGGGAUGGGAAUGCUGGUCGGUGUGGAGAUUGUCAUGGACAAGGAGAGCAGGAAGCCGGCCAAGGAGGCAGCAGAGAUUCUUGCAUACCAGAUGAAAGAACAGAGGAUUCUGAUUGCGAAUGAUGGUGAGGACCAAAAUGUGAUUGUGUUGACGCCGCCAAUGUGUUUCACAUGUGACAAUGCCAGACAGGUGAUACAGGUCUUUGACAAGGCGUUACGAGACAUAGAGACUGGAGCUGUCAGUGUGGGACUCACUCAAGGGGGAGACAACUUCACAAUCGCCCCACCAUUGGAUGUGCCUUUACAAGUGUUAUCAGAAACCCAUGGACUGUCUGACGAAGAUGAUGAUAGUGAUGAUCCUGCCUUGAAGAGGCCUCGGUAUGAAGAGAUGGACUGAAGCUGGAGUCUGUGAAAAUAUGAAAGAGUAUUUUCAUGAUUAUUUUUUAUAAUAUUAUGGAGAAAGUUUUACCCAAAAUUGCCUCAAAAUGGUGUGUCAGUUCUCCAACAUCAGUGGAUGAAAACUUCAUUGAUUUCACUCUCUAGGAGUCUUGGGGAUGAAUAGUGUUUGGCACAGCUGUCCAUCCAUCCAUCCAUCAAUCCGUGUGAAUGGUUGUUUGGGAUGUGUUCUCUUUGUGUCACAAACAGAAUACAAUACUGUACAGUUUUGACACAAAAUCGUGUGCUCGUUUGAGUUCAUGAUUAGAUGGGCAGUUUGCUCUUCAUUGACAUAAGAUCAAAAGUUAACAUUUCCAUGGAAACGAGUAGAACCUAAGCUCAUCUGUUAAUUAUGAGGGUUGUUGAAGUUCAGGAGUGUUGGAUCUCUCUAGGGAGAUGAUGACGUCUGCUCACCAGCUGGGAUGCUUAUCAAUGAAGCUGAUUAUGGAAACAUCCAGAAUGCCUGUGUAAAACAGGGACCCAGCUGGCCCAGACAUCUAUGGUGCUCCAUAGUGGUGUCAGUUGGUCACACCAGAAAACUGUGAUUGUGGGUUCGAGUCCUUGAUUGCCCCGAUAAUGUUGCUAUGUUCAUCAGCACCAUACCGGGGCUUUUGGGGUUUCACCAAAGUGAUCAACAUCUAAAGCCAUGCUUCAAUUCAGGCUUUCCUGCCACAUUAAACUGACAUGCUAUGAUAUUGCUGAAAUACUGUCUAAAGUCAGUGUUUAAAACUCCCAAAAUUCUAAGCCAGGCAGCCGGACUGGUAACUUAAAAGA